UCUACACGCUCUCAUGUGGGAAACAGGACACUUAGAACCCUCUUCACAACAAUGUUUGGACCACUGAGGAGAACUCCUUGAAGCUGCAUGGUGUGGCUGGACAUAUUUUGAAUUAAGAGUGAAACAGAGAAGAAUCUGAGUUUGAUACUGACACAUCUGCUCUGGCUGUUAAAAGUGAAAGUGAACCUGAUGAAUUAGACUGAGGAGAGGACAACAAACAGAGGAGAGAGUGUACUGUACAGACAAAAUGGCUUCUAAACUGGAAGAGGAUUUCUGCUGCCCUGUGUGCUGUGACAUCUACAAAGAUCCUGUCAUUUUAACCUGCUCUCACAGUGUGUGUAAAGCCUGUCUGCAGCAGUUCUGGGAGAGUAAAGGACACAGAGAAUGUCCCUACUGCAGGAGGAAGUGCUCUAAACAUAUCUAUCAACCUAACUUGGCUCUAAGGAACUUGUGUGAGACAUUCUUACAAGAGAGAAGUCAGAGAUCUUCAGCAGGGCUUGAAGUGUUAUGCAGUUUGCACAGUGAGAAACUCAAGCUCUUCUGUCUGGAGGAUAAACAGCCUGUGUGUUUGGUGUGUCAGGCAUCAAAGAAACAUAAAAAUCACACUCUUAGUCCCAUAGAUGAAGCAACACAAGACCGUAAGGAGGAGCUGAAGAUACAACUGCAGCCCUUACAGAAGAAAUUGGAGACCUUUGAAGAAGUUAAACUCAUCUGUGACCAAACAGCAGCACAUAUUAAGACUCAGGCUCAACAGACAGAGAGGCAGAUCAAGGAGGAGUUGGAGAAGCUUCACCAGUUUCUACGAGUUGAAGAGGCAGCCAGGAUAGCUGCACUGAGGAAGGAAGAGGAGCAGAAGAGUCAGAUGAUGAAGGAGAAGAUUGAGAAGAUGAGCAGAGAGAUCUCAUGUCUUUCAGACACCAUCAGAGCCAUAGAGAAGGAGAUGGGAGCUGAUGACAUCACAUUCCUGCAGAACUUCAAGAGCACAGUGAAAAGAGCCCAGUGCACACUGCAGGAUCCAGAGAGGGUUUCAGGAGCUCUGAUCAAUGUGGCAAAGCACCUGGGCAACCUGAAGUUCAGAGUCUGGGAGAAGAUGCAGGAGACUGUUCAGUACACUCCUGUGACUCUGGAUCCCAACACUGCACACCCAGAACUCAUCCUGUCUGAGGAUCUGACCAGUAUGAGACUUACUUAUGAGCAGCAGCAGCUUCCUGAUAACCCAGAGAGAUUUGAUACGUAUGGUUAUGUCCUGGGCUCUGAGGGCUUUAACUCAGGGACUCACUGCUGGGAUGUGGAGGUUGGAGAGAACAUAUGGUGGCAGGUGGGUGUGAUGACAGAGUCUCUCCAGAGGAAGGGACACAUAUCCUCUAUGAGUGGACGCUGGUGUGUGGAGUAUAAUAGUGUUGAAUAUUCAGCACGUGCUCCUCCUCAUAACCCCACUGACCUCACAGUGCAGCAGGAACUCCAGAGGAUCAGAGUGCAGCUGGACUGGGACAGAGGAGAGCUGUCGUUCUCUGACCCUAAUAAUAACACACACUUACACACUUUCACACACACAUUCACUGAGAGAGUGUAUCCAUACUUUCUGACUUUCAUAAAUGUUCCUCUGAGGAUGUUACCAGUGAAGGCCUCAGUAAGAGUAGAGCAGCACAGUUAGAGCUGAUACUGACUCUGAACCAGGGAUGACAUACUGAGAAGGAAACCUAUAGGAGAGGAGACUAUGAAGAAACAAAGCCAUUUAAUAAACAGUACAAAUAUGUCUCAUUGUGUGGAUAUAAAUGUUAAAGGUAUGCUAAUGCCCACCUCAUUUAACUUGCUGUAUAUGUACUGCACUGUGCCUAGUUUAAUUU